CUUUAUUCGCCAUAAGAUGAUCCACACAGGGGAAAAACCAUAUAAAUGCAUGCAGUGUGGAGAGACCUUUGCUCAAAGUGGUCAUCUUAGUACCCAUAUGAGAAUCCACACAGGGGAAAAACCGUAUAAAUGCAUUGAGUGUAGAAAGACCUUUGCUCAAAAAGAUAAUCUUAUUCGCCAUAAGAUGAUCCACACAGGGAAGAAGCUGUAUAAAUGCAUGGAGUGUGGGAAAACCUUUACUAAUAGCAGAGGACUUACUAUCCACAAAAUGAUCCACACAGGAGAGAAGCCAUAUAAAUGCAUGGAGUGUGGGAAGACCUUUGCUCAGAGCGGUAGACUUAGUUCCCAUGAAAGGAUUCACUCUGCGAAGAAGUCCUACAAAUGCAGAGAGUGUGGUGACAAGUUCAGAAUAUAUAGUAAUCUUAUUUCCCAUAAAAGGAUCCACUCAGGAAAGAAACCAUAUAAAUGCAUGGAUUGUGGAAAGGCCUUUGUUCAGAGCAGUGACCUCAGUAACCACAAAAGGAUCCAUACAGGGGAGAAGCCAUUUCAAUGCAUGGAGUGUGGAAAGACAUUUGCUCGUAGAGGUAAUCUUAUUUCCCAUAAGAUCAUCCACUCAGGAGAGAAACCAUAUAAAUGCAUGGAGUGUGGAAAGACCUUUGCUCACAGCAGUGGAUUCAGAAACCACAAAAUGAUCCACACUGGGGAAAAACCAUUUAAAUGCAUGGAGUGUGGAAAGACAUUUGCUCAACGUAGUCAUUUUAUUUCCCAUAAAAGGAUCCACACAGGGGAGAGGCCGUAUAAAUGCAUGGAGUGUGGAAAGGCCUUUGUUCAGAGCAGUGACCUGAAAAACCACAAAAUUAUCCACACAGGGGAAAAGCCAUUUAAAUGCAUGGAGUGUGGAAAAACCUUUGCUCAGAACAGCGGACUUCUUCAUCGCCACAAAAAGAUCCACACAGGAGAAAAACCAUAUAAAUGCAUGGAAUGUGGAAAGACCUUUGCUCAAAGCAGUGGACUUAGUUGCCACAAAAAGAUGCACACAGGAGAAAAACCAUACAAAUGCAUAGAGUGUGGGAAGACCUUUGCUCAGAGCAGUGGACUUAGUUCCCACAAAAAGAUCCACACAGGGGAGAAGCCAUAUAAAUGCAUGGACUGUGGGAAGACCUUUGCUCAAAGCCGUAAUCUUGCUUCCCAUGAAAAGAUCCACUCGAGAGAAACCAUUGAAAUGCACAGCGUGUGGGAAAAAGUUUACUCAGGGCAAUGGACUUACUAUCCACAAAAAGCUCCACAGAGUGGAACAACCAUAUAAAUUCAUGGACUGUGGGAAGACCUUUGCUC